AUGGCCACUGUCAUUCCUGGUGAUUUGUCAGAAGUAAGAGAUACCCAGAAAGUCCCUUCAGGGAAACGUAAGCGUGGUGAAACCAAACCAAGAAAAAACUUUCCUUGCCAACUGUGUGACAAGGCCUUUAACAGUAUUGAGAAAUUAAAGGUUCACUCCUACUCUCACACAGGAGAGAGGCCCUACAAGUGCAUACAACAAGACUGCACCAAAGCCUUUGUUUCUAAGUACAAAUUACAAAGGCACAUGGCUACUCAUUCUCCUGAGAAAACCCACAAGUGUAAUUAUUGUGAGAAAAUGUUUCACCGAAAAGAUCACCUGAAGAAUCAUCUACAUACACAUGACCCUAACAAAGAGACGUUUAAGUGUGAAGAGUGUGGCAAGAACUACAACACCAAGCUUGGGUUCAAACGUCACUUGGCCUUGCAUGCUGCAACAAGUGGUGACCUCACUUGCAAGGUCUGUUUGCAGACUUUUGAAAGCACGGGAGUGCUGCUGGAGCACCUUAAAUCUCAUGCAGGCAAGUCAUCUGGUGGGAUUAAAGAAAAAAAGCACCAGUGCGAGCAUUGUGACCGCCGGUUCUACACCCGGAAAGAUGUCCGUAGACACAUGGUGGUGCACACUGGAAGAAAGGACUUCCUCUGUCAGUAUUGUGCACAGAGAUUUGGCCGAAAGGAUCACCUGACUCGACAUAUGAAGAAGAGUCACAAUCAAGAACUUCUGAAGGUCAAAACAGAACCAGUGGAUUUUCUGGAUCCAUUUACCUGUAAUGUUUCUGUGCCUAUAAAAGAUGAGCUCCUUCCAGUGAUGUCCUUACCUUCCAGUGAACUGUUAUCAAAGCCAUUCACAAACACCUUACAGUUAAACCUCUAUAACACUCCAUUUCAGUCCAUGCAGAGCUCGGGAUCUGCCCACCAAAUGAUCACAACUUUACCUUUGGGAAUGACAUGCCCAAUAGACAUGGAUGCUGUUCAUCCCUCUCACCACCUUUCCUUCAAAUACCCAUUCAGUUCUACCUCAUAUGCAAUUUCCAUUCCUGAAAAAGAACAGCCAUUGAAGGGGGAAAUUGAGAGUUAUCUGAUGGAGCUACAAGGUGGUGUGCCCUCUUCAUCCCAGGAUUCUCAAGCAUCAUCAUCUAAACUAGGGUUAGAUUCUCAGAUGGGGUCACUUGAUGAUGGUGCAGGGGACCUCUCCCUGUCAAAAAGCUCUAUUUCUAUCAGUGACCCUCUCAACACACCAGCAUUGGAUUUUUCUCAGUUGUUUAAUUUCAUACCAUUAAAUGGCCCUCCCUAUAAUCCUAUAUCAGUGGGGAGCCUUGGAAUGAGCUAUUCCCAAGAAGAAGCACAUUCUUCUAUGUCUCAGCUCCCCUCACAGACACAGGAUCUUCAGGAUCCUGCAAACACUAUAAGUCUUGGGUCUCUUCACUCACUGUCAGCAGCUUUCACCAGUAGUUUAAGCACAAGCACCACCCUACCACGAUUCCAUCAAGCUUUUCAGUAGGACUCCAGAACAUGGAUUUAUUACAGAAAUGUAUGUGUAGCCCUGCCUUAGAUGACUGUUUUUAUUUUAGUGCCUACUUUUAAACAGUAUAAAAGUUUCUGCUUUUGUAUAAUACCAAUAUUCAUUAAGCCAGUAUGAAAUAGAAACUAGCUUUGGAACCAUUUGUGUUCAGUUAUGUUUACCUGGGUAUUUCGUCCUAAUUCACUGCCAAUUGUCAUAUUUUAAGAUUAUUUUUCAUAUAGGAAAGCCAUUAUUAUUAGUAACGUCUUACAAAUCCCACAUUCGAAUUAC